AUGCCGAUACUGAGGCACGCAACGCUCCGACCAUGGAGAUGGACCAAAUUAUCAUUCUUCUCUUUGGAAGAUGUGCAAUGUUUUCAUUCUUCGCCCUGUCACUCGAAAAAACGCCACAAGAUAAAAGCUCGAGCAACACACAGAUCUCGAGCGACUCCAGUUCCUUCAAGACACAUUGGGCUGAAACACCAUGAUUCAGUCUAUCCUUCAAUUGAUGGAAAUAACAAUGACAGUAGCAAUGGUAGUGAUACCCGUUCCAAGACGAAUAUACCGACUUCAAAUGAAUUCCAAGCUCGUAAGGCAAGACUCCGGUGGGGUGCUACAAAUGAUUCGACUCCAAGGCUCUCUCACGACGAUGAGCCAAGCACACGAUUCACAUUGGAUACAGAAAAGUCGGAAGAGCCUAUAAAACGUAAUACUGAUAAGCUGCGCUCAAGUCCAUCUUAUGUCACAAACUCAUCAACUGACAGGCCAACUACAGCCGCAGAGACAACGGGAACAAUAUCCGGUCGGCCCACAUCAUUCCUUUACGGCGAAGAAGCACGAAAAGCCCGUCUCGUUCGCCUCGAACAAUGUGAGCGUGAAAAAGACAUCGGUCAUCGCUUUGGUUCCCUACGUGACUCGGAUGUCAAGAUUGAGCCAGUCGAACCACUUCGUCACAUGCAUGUGGCAAAGCUUGCCCACGGACUUGACCGAGUCUUGUUCAAUUCAGGUGUUCAUUGGCUCCGAGAUAGCCGUACUGGCAUUUACAACUUUGACCCACAUUUGCGAGAUGUGCUAGACGUCGAUUUGUUCGACUAUGGCACUUUGCCGCCGUACUUGACAUCAAGUCGCGACCCAGAGCUCUUGGAAAUCACACGACGACAAAAGAAAAAGUAUUGCGGCAGUACCAGUAGUAUGACAGGUCUAUUAAGCCACUGCUAUUUCUUGCUAAGCCGAUGGAAGGAGCCUGAACUUAUUGGCUUCAGUCCAAGCUUUUGUGAGUUGCCGACCGGUUUCAGUGAAGGUGCGAAGUUGCCUGUUUCGAUUACAUUACAGCAUCAGCCGGGAGGUUUCUAUGCUAUUGAUGCCGAUAAGAAUUCAGCUGGUGAAGUCGACAACACCAACUACGUUCUGACAUCGCUCGGAAAGAGUCUAGAGAAGUUUCUCACAUCAACGCCCGACGAGUAUGCAAAUCACAAACGAGAGAACAGCUGGAGGCGGGACUCUGCCAUGCAAGAACCACAAGAAGCGUACCACUAUGCGCAGACAUCCAAGCUCAUGCUCCGAUCACAGCUGGACUGUCACGAUCCGCGACUACCGAACGGCACAUUUGACCUCAAGACGCGAGCUGUGGUUGCGAUCCGUAAUGAUCGAGCCAACUAUACGGAAGGGUGCGGGUAUCAAAUUCGUUUUUCUCAUGGUCUUUGGGAGUCUUUUGAACGCGAAUACUGGGACAUGGUGCGUGCUGCAUUCCUUAAAUACAAUUUCCAAGCGCGCAUUGGACAUAUGGAUGGGAUUUUCGUUGCCUACCACAAUACGGCUCAAAUCUUCGGGUUUCAAUAUAUCAGCUUAGAGGAGAUGAACCUUCGUCUAUUUGGCAGCAAUGAAAUGGGCAACAAAGCAUAUCGAAUGAGUCUCGGUUUGCUUGAGCAAAUUCUCGAUACAGCGACUGAUUUCAUGCCAAACGAGACACUGAGCAUCACUAUGGAAACACGUCCAGGCGCUUCUUCCAUGUGCGUAAUUGUUCAGUCAGUUGCAUCCUCCGCGAUUGUACAGUUCGAGGUGACCAUGGACCGCUACCUUAAUCAGGCUCUGGUGCGUGGUCCAGUCAAUUUCUCGAUGUUGAAUGGUCCUUUAACCCACGCCCAGCUCGAGGACGUUCGCUGUGGUCGGCUCGAGAAUAUCGCGAAUGUUGACUGGCAUGUUCAAUACUGCAUUACACCGCGAAAAGAUCUCUCUGAAGGCAAGGUUCGCGAGAACUUGCAAGAGAUCCGUCAACGUCAAAGACUCAUGCGCUCGCUUUGUAUGCCGAACAUUGACUUGCUUAAUGCGCGUGAAUCGGCCCGGAUUGACACGCUUGCCAAGCACCCAGAGGCGCUUGAAAGGUUUUUAAAGGAGCGCGAAAAUGGACCCGCGUAUGGAAUGCCUCUUGCUCCUGGUCAGCGGACGACUCGCCAACUCAUACGCAGCAAGGCGCUCAUGGACAUCCAAGAGCAUAGCAGCAACAAGCUACCUACUGCCCCGAUCCGAUGGAUUCGACAACCGGACCCAAUGACAGCCCGCUUACGAGAACUUAGUCGAAGUGGCCUUGCAAGGAUGCGACAGGAGGCUAAGGCAACAACCAAUAAAACUAAGCGCGUUAAAGCAGACGUGGCUAACGAUCAAGACCUCACCUCUGCCACAGAGCCAUUGACGUAA